UAUAAGGCUCUGGUUGGGAGACGGUUAAGUCCUGAGGCCCUCUGUGCAAAUGUUGCUGGCUAGUCUUGUUUUUUACUAAGACCUAAUAUUGGGCUGGGGAACCAGAAAAGAUGAAAACCUGGGAAGGGAUGUGAAGCCAAUGGCUUUUGCCAAGAAGUUCUUUAGGGUUAGGGAAAAGACACCUUUUGGUUUCUGUGAUGGUCCUCAAACGACUAUCUCUGAGUUUCUCUUUGGUGAAUGUCCCAACUAUCCAAAAUACCAUACAACAUACAGACCCGUGGGGCAGAUCCACCGGGUUGCCGCUGAGGGAGAUGCGGGCCGGAUAGAGGUUCUCAUCAUGCUUGGACAGUGCAGCGUGUUCGACAGAGACCACAAGAACAGGACGGCUUUGCAUUUUGCCUGUGUCUAUGGCCGACUACCAGUGGUGCACGUUCUAUUGAAAAACAACAGUGAGAUCGAUGCUCUUGACCAGAACCAAAUCACACCGCUGAUGAAGUCUGUCCAAUGCUGGAAACAGAAGUGUGCGGCUGUUCUCCUGGAGCAUGGUGCUGAUCCGAACAUUCGGGAUAGCAGGGGCAACUGCUCCCUGCACUAUGCUGUGUACAAUGGGCAUGAAGACAUGGCCGCACUACUGCUCGAAUACCACGCUGAUAUCGAACAAAAGACCAAAGAUGGCUUCACACCGCUUUUGCUGGCACUCAGAGAAAAGAGGGUAGAGGUGGCAGAAUUUUUAGUUAAAAAAGGAGCAGACAUACAUGUUGUAGAUGACAAGCAAAGAAACACCUUGAUGUAUGCUAUACGAUGUGAAUCAAAAGAUAUAGCCAUGUUACUCCUUCAAAAAGGCAUUGAUUUCUUCUACAAGGAUGUCUUUGGAUGGACAGCAUUACGCUACGCCAUCGAAGGUCACUGUACUUUUAGACAAAUGCUUCUGGAUUUUGAAGGAAACAUACAUAAUAACAAAAAGGAUAAUGAACCAGUAGAACAAAUGGAUCCUGGAAAUGACUCCCUGGCCAGGAUUUCCGGUUGUUCUAGUCCCAGGCUUCCUUUGCCUGUGGUGAAGGAAGACACGUGUAGCUGUGAUACCAGGGUCAAAUGCCCCUCUGUGGAGUGCACUUCCUUGCCCCAGAGUAUCUCUGAGAGUGCUCCUCUGAGCCAUGCUGGCAGUUUAUCUUCGGCUAUAGACAAAAUAUUUGAAAAUACAGCAAAAAGAAAAGUGAAAGCAUGGACUGAGAAAGAUUUGUCCUUAAAGUCUGCCACUGAAGGAAGAGAAUCUGUGGCCACUGAAGUAAGAGAAUUCGUGGCCACUGAAGUCAGAGAAUCCUUGGCCACUGAAGUCAGAGGAUCUGUGGCCACUGAAGUCGGAGAUGUUACAAACGAAGUAGCAGAAAGAACAGAGCUGCUGCCAUUCCUACCAGAACCAGAGUUAGAAUUGAUAUCAGUGGAGGAAGAUAUUCCCGAUGAAAGUGAAAACAAUCAGCCACUGAGUAUCGUGGAGCAUCUUCCACAGAAGAAUGUUGGCUGUUUAUCUGGCACAGGAUACGAAAUGGGAAAAAUUAAUAUAAAUGAACAAAUGAAAGAGUCUGACAAGGAGCUUUCUCAAAUGACGACUCCUAUUGAAAUCAAAAAUGAUGAUUUCAAAGAAGCAUGGACAACAAAGGACACGCCAGCCUUCAAAUCAGAGCCAGACUUAGAAGUGACAUCAGAGGAAGAUCACAGUAGAUUUGAUGAGAAGGGAAGUAUCCACUCAUUGUUGUUUGGAAGAACAGCCUGCAACAGAAAUGUUGUGAACAGUGAUAGAGGCAUUACUGAAAACUUUAGCAUCGAUGAGAAUCUUCCAAAUAUAUCUGACAAUGAAUCUGUGGGAGCAGAUUCAAGAAGAGAAAAGACAAAUGGACAAGCAACAGAAUCUGAGGAGGAAUAUUCACCCUUGAUGGUUAUCAAUGAAAUGAAUGAUUCUGUACUAAAUAAAGCAGUAGAGAUGAAGGAAGCAUGGAGUAUACAAGAUGACUUGUCCGAAGGACCAGCUGUAAAAUUGACAUCAGAAGAAGAAUCAGAUAGUUAUGACGGCUUUGAAAAGAAUCCACCACUGAAUAUCAUUAAGCAAAUUCACACACAGGGUGUUGAUUAUUUAUCACUGGCUAAAGAUCAAAAAGAAGAAAAAAUGGUGAUGUGUCAGGAAAAAGAAUUUUCUAAGGAAUGUCCUCAAUCAAAGCCUACCAUUGUAAAGCAAGAAUCUGUUCCAAAGGAGGCCUGGGAUAUGAGUCCAGUGAUACAGUUAUUAGCAGACACCCCUAAAGACUAUCCUCUAUCAAAGACUACAGUUGAAGAAAAUGAUUCUGUUCCAAAUGAAGUCUGUGACGCAAAGCAUGGGAAAUGGUUUCUAGUAGAAUCUCCUGACGAAUAUAUUCAAGUGAAGGUAUUUCCCAUUGAAGGAAGAGAUUCUUAUGAAGCACCAGCAACACAGCAAGUAAACUCAUACUGCUCAGCAGAGCCAACUAUAAAAGUUUCUGGAGAAGAAUGGUGUGGUGACAGAAAUUUUCAAAGACAGGGCAUUGACGAUUUAUCUUUGACUGAAGAUGAAAGGUCCAAAAGCACAAGACUUGAUGAGGAGCAAGACUCUCUUGAAGAAUAUACUCAAUUGAAGCCUGUACAGAAGAAAAAAACUCCUCUACCAUGUGAAGCACCAGCAAGGAAAGAAAUAAAAGCAUUUGGCUCAGAAUCAGAUGUACACUCGUUAUCCGAGGAAGAACAAGAAAGGCCUGACGACAGUGCAGGGGAACAUCUAAAGGACCCUCAACCCAUGGGCACUGCACAUUUAUCCAUGGCUGAAGAUGAAAGCGGAGUCAAUGUCGUAAGUGACCAGGAGAAAGAUCUUCCUUCUGAAUAUCCUGAAUUAAAGGAUGCCAUGGAAAAACAAGACUUAGUGUUAAUGGAAGACUCAACAAUGAAGCAAGAAAAAUUACUUACAGAAGAUGCCAAAACUGCACAGCUAAGGUCGGAGGAGGAACAGACAGGAUGGUGUGGCAGUGGCAAGAAGCAGUGGAAGUCUUUUUUUGAGCAACUUCAACUGAAAUGGAAUGUUCGAGUGUCUGUAAAUCCUAAAAUACAUGCGAAAAAGGCUGCUGAAGAGAAAGGAGUCACAACAGUACAGCUGAGACGGAAGAAAGAACAAACAGGAAGGUUUGGCAGUGACAAGAAGCAGCGGAAGCCCAUCUUUAAGCGACUUCAGUCCAAGUGGUGUGCUCAAAUGUCUAUGGAUCCUGAAGAAAGCAGAGAAAACUCAGGAGCUGCUGAAGAGAAAGGAGCCACAACAGUACAACUGAGGCCAGAGGAGGAACAGACAAAAUGUAAUGGCUGUAAUAAGAAGCAGCGGAAGCCCAUCUUUGAGCGAUUUCAACCCAAGUGGAGCGCUCGAGUGUCUGUGGGUCCUGAAGAAAGCAGAGAAAACACUGGAGCCACAGGAGAGAAAGCAGAGUCCCCUAAACUACUUACAUCAGAAGAACAAACGGGAUGCCCUGACAGCGAGAAGAAGCCACAGUCGCAUAUCCUAGAGCGAUUUCAGCCAAAGUGGAGUGUUCGGGUAUGUGUGGACACAGAAGAAGGAGACAACCCAGAAGCCACUGAAACGACGUGUAAGAGCGGCUCUUCUGAUGAAUAUACCGAAUUGAAGUCCAUGCAGGCUACCACUGAAAAUCAGGAUUCUGUAGCAACCAAAGAUUCGACAAUGAAGCAGGAAAUAUCAUUCACAGCAGAAUCAGACUCAGAAACAGCAUCAGGGGAUGACCAAAACAAAUGUUGUAGCAGUGAGAGCAAUCAAUCAUUGGUUGAAAAAACAAAGACGUGUGCAAGCAAUGGAAUAGACAUAGCAAAAUACCCCUGUGAAGCUGCUGUUUUUACCUCUCCUGCUACUGCUGCUGCUGCUGCUGCUGGUGGUGGUGGUGGUGAUAGUGGUGGUGAUACUGCUGCUGCUGGUAGUGGUGAUGCUGCUGCUGCUUCUGCUGAUGGUGGUGGUACUUCUGCUGCUGCUAGUGAUGGUGAUGCUACUCCUGCUGCUGCUGCUGUGGUGGUGAUACUGCUGAUGCUGCUGGUGGUGAUGCUGCUGCUGCUGGUGUUGGUACUGUCUCUGCUGCAGCUGCUGCUGCUGGCUGCUGCUGCUGCUGCUGUUAGUGGUGGAACUGAUGCUGCUGCUGGUGGUAUUGCUGAUUUUACUAUGGAUGAACUAGUUCUACAGAGAAAAUCUGGAGAAAUCAAUGACCAGAGAUUUCUUAUUAAGGAGAGUGCAAAACAUGAUGGGCCCCGAAAGAAAACAUCUAAGGAAGAACACAAGGUAACAAAAGAAGGAAGAGCUAUGGCCGAUGUAACUCAGGCAUCUGAACCAAUCUCAGAAGAUGAUUCUGGAGGAUCAUUAAAAAUACAGGAUUCACCCAAUUCCUACAGUGCAUUAUUAGAGCUUAAAAAAAUUCAUGAACUAUUUAGGAAAAAAAAUCAAAAACUAGAAAAUGAAAUUAUUGCUCUACAGAAGGAGCUAAUAGAAAGAAGAGAGGAGAAAUUAAAGUUGGAGGAUGAAAUAAUGGAACAGGAUGAAGAAUUCCGGACACUGAGGUUUACUUUAUGUGAAGAAUUCAAGGAGACAAGAAUUAUUCAUAAAAAUAUUAAGAAAUAUUUACAUGAAAAACAAAAGCAGUUGAAUGAAAGAGUCGCCAUGACAGAGCUUGAAAGACACCUGGGAGAACAAGACAUGGAACUGAGGAGAGCAAGAGCCAUCCUGAAGGAGUUGCAAGAAGCAAAAAGUCAACACAUAGAAACUCUAAAAAUUGUUCAGAAGAUGAAAGAUCACUUACAAAGGAUUGAGCAAGAAAAUUUUGAGUUAAAAGUUGAAGUAAAAGAGCAAACUAAGAAAAUUGAAGAGCUUCGUGAGUGUCUGCAAAACUCACCUUUAAAAUUGGAACAAAAUAGAACAUUGACAAAGGCAGGUACUCAAGAAACUUUGGAGGAAUUAUGUGAGAACAUUUCCCUGAUGAAUCAGACAGGAAUCAGAAUCCAGAGCCUGUGGUCUGAAUCCUCCAAAACAAAAACCGGAAAAGACUCAAAUACAAGUGCCCAGAAAAGUUAUGAGAAACAACGUAUAGAAGAAUUAAGGAUUAGCAAUGCAUUGUUACACAAGACCAGGAGACUAGAUAAGUCCCGCACACAAGUUCACAUCACAGUGGAGCAGGACACGUCUCAUCUGCACACAUCAGAAGCAAGGUUUUCUCUCGAGAACCCUUACAUGGCGAACAGUUGCCCUCGCAGACACUUCUUCCCAUGUGGAAACAUGGUUCCUCCAGGAAACCCACGGUCUUCUAACGACUGCAUGCGAAGCUACCCAGUGACGAUGGAAGAUGAGGAAAAAUUGAUCAAAGUCCUUAUCAAAUUAAAGGGAUCUUUGGAAUAUAAUUUGUAUCAGCAGCAGAAGACAAAUAAUGAACUAGAAAAAGAGAUAACUAGAAAUAAGAAACUCUUGAAAAUGGCAAAAAUUGAGCAUGAAAUUGGAGAAUGUAGUUCUCCUGGAAAUUCAAAGACUGGUCAUUUUUGAGAUAUGAGGAGUGUGGUUAGACUUUGUCACGUGACUGGGUGGGCAGAUACUCCAUGCUUCCACCAUGGAUACAGGCCUCAGUGUGGCAGUCUUGAUGUAUUCCAGAAACAUCUCCUGGACCACAGCAUCUGCAUGGAACAGCAGCUGACUUUUCUAAAUGCAUCCUUGGAAAGUUGGCCCUGAUUCAGGCACCACCUAGCAGCAAAGAUGACAAAGCACUGCCCUUAAUUUGAUUUUAAUUAAAGAUGUGUACCACCACA